GGACACUGUGGGUAAGCAGACAGAUGCGGAGUUGUUUGUUCUGCUUCACAGUCACACAAGGUGGAGGACUCUUCCAGGUUGUGCCACCUUGCCAGGUUCCCUUUGGAUCUGCCCACUCCGCUUCUGAGUCUGUUCAGGGACUUCCAAGUUGCCCAUUCUUGGUUUGCAUAGAGGAGCUUGGACCUCCGUCGUCUUUUUGACGGGCAAUACCUACUCACACUGGAUUGACGCUGGACUGACUGACUUCGAUUCUGGAUUAUCCCUUCUGCUGCUUAUCGGUGAGACCUUUGGAUUCCUAGACGGCUACGUUUGGCUAUUGACCUCUGGACCAGAUUGGGACCCUGCUGACUGCCGUUUCCCUGACUGCUGAGCCUGGACCUGGAUAUCGUUGGCUGUUGAACCUUAAAUUGAAUCCUGACUACGACCACGUUUUCCUUCGCUGCAGGGAGGAAUAAACAAGCCUGGUUUAGUCUCCUGCUGUUUCUGAGUAGCAGAGAGGAAUCUGCUACCAGUCUGUUGUUUACAUUCUGACUCCUGUUGAUCCUCCUUUGUUUGCAUUGUUUGCCAGGCUGAAGUAAGCACUUUUGAUUUAAUCCGGAUUAUACUUCUGUUUAACCCGGGUUUUUUUCCCUUUGAGUUGUUUAAGCUCAAUCUGAGUUUUUUUUGUUACCUAUCACACUGAAGUCAAGUGUUUGCCCUGUUUUUUGUCUCCUACGGGCAUUUUUAGUUUUGUAAUCUCAAUAAACUGAGUUUUGCUUUACUCACUGGUGUUCUGUCUCUGACAUUCACUUAUAUUUUAUACUAGCUUGUGUACCCGGAGAUGCUCAGGUUAUUUGAAAAAGUCAUUUUAGGAGAUGUAUAAGUUGGUGGGUAAACUACAACUCACAUCAUGCCAGGUUAAGCCCCUCAAACUCCAUCAAUACUUGGAAGUACGGCUUGCUGGGUGUGUGUGGGAAGUUUGCUUCAGGUGCGUCGUUGGUGGGGUUCCAUGUGCUCUCCACCUGCAAGGUGAACUACAGCUCCCACCAUGAAGCGUCACUCAACUGAAACCCCUCCAGUAGGUUGGGUGGGUCAUGGGGCUUGUGUGUGCCAAGUGUGGUCCUGGACUAUUGGGGUCUUCCUUUUGGGUAGAAGGGGGGUCAGACUGUAUGGCUCUCGGGUUCUCUUCCAACUCUGAGUCCAAUAACAACAACAAUACGAGGGUUGAAUGAAAAGUAAUGCCUCCACCUUCGUAACUCCUCAACAGAUGACAGUCCUGGUCUGCGGCAGGUCCGGGCUUGUUCAGGAGACUCUCCUCUACAGUUAGUUCCAUUGGGCGGGAAGCCUUAGCAUUGAACGGUUGUGUUGUUAAAGUGUGAAGUAUGGAACCCUGCGCAGACGGGGAAGCCUUAGCAUUGGACGGUUGUGUUGUGAAAGUGCGAAGUAUGGAACCCUGCGCAGACGGGGAAGCCUUAGCAUUGAACGGUUGUGUUGUGAAAGUGCGAAGUAUGGAACCCUGCGCAGACGGGGAAGCCUUAGCAUUGGACGGUUGUGUUGUGAAAGUGCGAAGUAUGGAACCCUGCGCAGACGGGGAAGCCUUAGCACUGGACGGUUGUGUUGUGAAAGUGCGAAGUAUGGAACCCUGCGCAGACGGGGAAGCCUUAGCAUUGAACGGUUGUGUUGUGAAAGUGCGAAGUAUGGAACCCUGCGCAGACGGGGAAGCCUUAGCAUUGGACGGUUGUGUUGUGAAAGUGCGAAGUAUGGAACCCUGCGCAGACGGGGAAGCCUUAGCAUUGGACGGUUGUGUUGUGAAAGUGCGAAGUAUGGAACCCUGCGCAGACGGGGAAGCCUUAGCACUGGACGGUUGUGUUGUGAAAGUGCGAAGUAUGGAACCCUGCGCAGACGGGGAAGCCUUAGCAUUGAACGGUUGUGUUGUGAAAGUGCGAAGUAUGGAACCCUGCGCAGACGGGGAAGCCUUAGCAUUGGACGGUUGUGUUGUGAAAGUGCGAAGUAUGGAACCCUGCGCAGACGGGGAAGCCUUAGCAUUGAACGGUUGUGUUGUGAAAGUGCGAAGUAUGGAACCCUGCGCAGACGGGGAAGCCUUAGCAUUGGACGGUUGUGUUGUGAAAGUGCGAAGUAUGGAACCCUGCGCAGACGGGGAAGCCUUAGCACUGGACGGUUGUCCUCCAAAGCCCCGUUUUGCUCUAAACAAGCAUUGA